AUGAUACCACGGCAGGCCUACGCGCCAACUCCACACAGCUAUGUACCCAAUACGACACUAUCAGCGACGAUCAACCUCGAUGAGGAAGUCAAGCUGGCGGAAACCCGCGCAGAGCGCGACCUGCAAGACUCGCUUGCGGAGAUCUUCAGCAUCAUCGUGACCAUCGACGAGCUCGAGAAGGCAUUCCUGAAAGAUGCGAUCCCCGAAGCCGACUACACAGAGAUCUGCGAGCGGUCCUUGAAGCAGUACAAGUCGCUCCUCGCAGACGAGACGGUCGCAAAGGCAUUUGGCGGCCUGGAAGAGUUCAAGGCCGAGUGGGACCUGGAGGUGCCCCGCGCAACGGAGCGCAUCCGCGUCGGCAUGCCGUCUACCGCCGUGACGGCCUCUGCAGGUGCGGCGCCGACACCCACUGCGGGCGGUGGCACGAGCGGGACGUUGAUCCUGGAAGCGACGCAGGACUUUAUCACGUUCUUGGAUGCCCUGAGGCUGGGCUUGCUGGCCAAGGAUCAGCUACACCCGCUCCUGACGGACGUCAUCCAGUCGGUCAACAAAGUUACCGACCGAGACUUUGAGAGCAGGGGCAAGAUCGUACAGUGGCUCAUCACCCUCAAUCAGAUGAAGGCAACCGAAGAGCUGAGCGAGGCGCAAGCCAGGGAGCUUGAAUUGGACAUCAACUCGGCGUAUCAGGGCUUCAAGAAUACCCUCUCAUAG